AAUCGAGAACGAAGCACGUCGACCUUAAAAUUACGGUGCCUGCGUAGCAGCCGCACCCGGCAAAGAUAGAUACCUGGGGAUCGAGCGUUACUCUACUCCCCACCAUAAUUCGCGUGCACAGUUUCUUUCCUUUCACCGAGAAUCGAGCGGCUCCGGCGGAGUCUCGACCAAAGCCCCGGGAUCGCGCGCGAUAAGCCAGAGGACAUUUUUGCCGCGAAACGCGUUUCCUUCCUCUCCUUUUGUUUUCGUUGUCGAGCGUGUUUGCGACAAACGAUCGUCAGGAAUUGUGCGCAAUCACGGCCACAUUGUGGGGAUCGUGACAUAAGUCAGUUUUCACGUUGCUGUCAAUUAUGAUUGUCGAGUCGCGCAUUGUACUUGAUUGAACAAUAAAAGUCGCGUUAGACGAAACGCGGAAUCUCGCGUUCGGUAUCUAUUUCUUCUGUAGCCAUUCGCAGUAGCAAACUGGCAAGGUAUAGCGAUCGAGACCAACAAUGUGGCUGCGAGAGCGAGCGCUAUGUUGAAGUGGACUUGUUACGCGGCACUGUCGAAGAAUUGUGGGUCCCAGCGGCCGACUUCGUCGGACGAGCGGGAGAAGAGGAGCGACGACUGCGGGAAUGCGUCGUCGCGGUAUUUGCGAAUAGAAAAAAGUUGUUCCUGUCGGUCGGAGAACGUAGAAAUAUUGCGAGAAUCAUCGACGAGAAAGUGCCUCGGGGGCUCCGAUCCUAGGGUGGCCACGUGUCGAGGAAAGCUGCAGAACAAACGAAGCAAACUGAAUCAGGAGAUCAACAAGGAGCUUCGGUUACGAGCCGGCGCGGAGAAUCUCUUCAAGGCGACGACCAACAGAAAGCUGCGUGAAACGGUGGCGCUUGAACUGAGUUUCGUUAAUUCGAAUUUGCAGCUGCUGAAGGAGCAGCUCGCCGAAUUGAACAGCUCGGUCGAACUUUAUCAGAAUGUCGACAGCGAGGAACCGGCAAUGCCAAUGAUACCACUGGGACUGAAGGAAACCAAAGACAUCGACUUUCGAGAUCCGUUUAAGGACUUCAUCCUCGAGCACUACAGCGAAGACGGAGCCAAUUAUGAGGAGGCGAUCGUGGAUCUGAUGGAAACUAGACAGGCAACGCGAACGCCGACCAGAGACGCAGCAGGCAUCGCGUUGCUGUUGCGCUACUACAAUCAACUGUACUUCAUCGAGCGAAGAUUCUUCCCGCCUGAUCGAAGCCUGGGCAUCUAUUUCGAAUGGUUCGAUUCGUUGACAGGUGUGCCGAGCUGUCAGCGAACCGUCGCAUUCGAGAAAGCAUCGAUCCUGUUCAACGCAGCCGCCCUGUACACCCAGCUGGCCGCGAAGCAGGAUCGUCUGUCCACGCGCGGCCUGGACCAGGCGAUCGACGCGUUCCUCCGAGCCGCUGGUACCUUUCGUUACAUACACGAGAACUUUACCAACGCACCGAGUAUGGAUCUUGGGCCGGACAUGCUCGAGAUGCUCGUUCAACUGAUGCUGGCCCAGGCGAGGGAGUGUCUGUUCGAAAAGCUGGAGCUUCAGUCGAAGGACGGAAGGAGGAACAUCGACGUUUCGUUGGACCUCGCGCAAGAAGCGUCACAGGUUGCUGCCGUUUACAACGACGUCCAUGGAUUGAUCUCGCGCGAGCCAGUCCGCGACUACGUCCCGGAAACCUGGAUCUCGUUGAUCUCGGUGAAACGCGAGCAUCACUUGGCCCUCGCGCACAAGCACCUUGCGCUUGGGCUGUUCGAUCGGCCGGUUACCGAAUGGCGGGCGGAAACGAAACUGGCGCUCGAACACGUGCAAAGGAGCGACGGAAAGACGCAGCUGGACGUGAUCGUGCCACGAGACGAUAAUGAAAGAAAGUUACUGGCGAAAGCACAUCUCAGAGAAGCUUUGGUUUUGCACGAAGAAAGUCAGAGGCUGCAGAGGAUGUGCAGGGACCUGAAAGCGAAACAGGCGCUUGCCAAAGUUUUAAAGAGAGUACAGGAGUCGACGGUGGAAGAUUACAAUGGUAUUGGGGAUGAGGACGACUUCCGAGGAUUGUUGGAUCCCCCGGAUAUUAUAGCGUCCACAAAGUUUCAAUUGAGUAUCACUCAGCCAGAUUUCGGACAGCACGGAGUGGAAGAUCUUUUCAGAUCGUUGGGCCCGGUCGCGAUAUUUUCAGCUAAAAGACAUUGGACAGCGCCACGAUUGAUACAACUCCAACGAGGACCCGACGGCGAAGGUUUCGGUUUCAGCGUUCGGGGCGACGCUCCUGUAAUAAUAGCUGCGGUCGAUCAUAAUUCGUUGGCCGACCUAGGUGGCAUGAAGGAAGGUGAUUUUAUAGUGGGUAUCGGCGACAAAGACGUCAAGUGGUCAUCUCACGAGCAAGUGGUCCGACUUAUCAAGCAGUCUGGUGAUUUUAUAAAUUUGAAAUUGGUCACGCCGAUGGAUAGAAAUUACUUGAAGGUAAAGGCAAAUACGGGCAAGAUUUCAAAAGAGGAGGAUUACGAGUGCACGUUGAGUGAGGCCACGAGGACGAUCGCUCGCGUGGAACUCCGUGAAGACGAUGCCACCAGGGAAGAAGCCUUGAAGCAAUUCAGACAUUGGAUUCAAAAGCAUCCCAACAUCAAGCGUUGCAGGACGGAUGCGGUCUUCCUCCUCAGAUUCCUCAGAACCAAGAAGUUCAGCGUGCCGAUGGCGGAAGAGAUGCUCGAACGGUAUCUGACCAUCAGGCAGUUGUAUCCGAACUGGUUUCAAAAUCUCGAUAUCGAAGAUAAAGACAUCGAAGCUAUUAUAGAUGCUGGUUAUCUGGUACCGCUGAUGCAACGUGAUCGUCACGGUCGACGAGUGAUACUUUCUUGCGCCGGGCGCUUCGAUCCUUACAAAUACACGUCUGCUCAAAUGGCUCGUGCUCACAGUCUUGUAGUGGAGGCUCUGAUGGACGACGAGGAGAAUCAAAUCCAUGGAUACACGCACAUCAACGAUGAAUCUGGAUUAACAAUGGGCCAUCUUAGUGCCUGGUCCAUAACAGAUAUUCGUAAUAUGUUACGAUGUAUACAAAACAGUACACCCAUGAGACACAAAGAAACGCAUUUUGUUAAUAUUCCAAGUUGCGCAAUCAAGGUCAUCGAGUUUGGCAUUUCUCUCCUCAACGAUAAAUUAAGAAACCGAAUCUUGGUGCACAAGAGUCUAGAUGAAUUGAAAAGCGCGAUCGAUCCGAAAAUUUUACCGAAAGAAUACGGGGGAGAAAUCCCACUUUGUGAGAUGAUUGCGAAUUUCAAGAAAACGUUGAGAGAACACAGGACUCGAAUAAAGGAACUCGACGACAUGUACAUAGAGAUUGCAGCGACGGAUAGCCAAUACGUCUCGAACGAUGAUUUGUGCGGUAUCUCUGGUUCUUUUCGUAAAUUGGAAGUCGACUGAUAUUCUUCCUUUUUACCGAAUGCGACUUUCCUUUCCAUCUAUUCGCAUUCUAUCACGUAUAAAAGACACUCAGACUUAUUCGCUCUUCUAGAUAUAUAUAUAUAUAUACAUAUACAUAUAUUUGUUCUUAUUUCGUGUACCAGAAUUUUUCUGCCGGUGGUAUUAGUUACCUAUGAUCGUUUCAAUUUACGUACAACAUAGAGUAAGGUAUGACGUGUUUUGCACACUCUUAGAAAACGUAUAAGUGCAAGUAUGAAAUAUUGUGCAUGAUAACAUGAAGUGUACCGAAGGAAACAAGCAUUUUUACGUGUGAUUACGUUGAAUGAAAUUUCUUUUUAGAAUUAUAUAAUACAGAUCAAUUCAAAAAUUAAAAUACCAUUUAAAUGAUGAAAAACCAUAACACUCGUUAAAACAUAUGUUGUAUCAACACUUCUUUUUUUCUCCCUUCUCCUCUCGUUAUAUUUUUAUUAAUCUUCGUUAACAUUUACAAGCUCGCACUCGUGUAAAAUCUCUUUUAAAAAUUCUGUACUCGCAGGUGCUGUAGUAUACAGAUUUCCUACAACAUACAGAACAGUAACAUGACUGUGUGUGUUGUUAAUUGAAUUGUACACAUGUGCGAAAUCAACAAAACAUUUGAUAAAUGAACAAAUGAUUUACAAUUGGAAAUAAAGCAUAUGUUUAUGCUUACUCACCCGAAAAA